AUGAAUUUCCUGAAACUGUAUCGAGCCACCUUAACACCAGCUCUACCACCACGUGAUCCGACUCCCAGUACGCCUCAAUUUUCCGCUGAAUCUCUCCGCUCGUUGGCAGUUAACCUCGCACCGUUGCUCCGCGACGUUUUGGCCCGCGACACGCCACCAUCGCCUCAACCACCGCUUCCACAACCAUCGCCAGCAGCGAGCCUUAUCGUGCAGUCCGCGCCAACACCCUCUUCCGAUCUGGGUAAUCCUUCCAGCGUUGCCACUUUAAUCUCGUCUUCGCCAGUUUACUCGUCAUCCACCUCAUUACCGUCAGAGACUCCCAGUCUGCCUAAGAAAGUCGAGGAACAGAUCGUUAACGGUCCGAAGGCGGCCGGUCAAGCAAUUUCCCCAACCGAGGAUUCUGCCGCAAUUUUAACGGGGGCCUCCCGUGCUCAGCAAACCCAUGUUCCUUCGAACAUCGGUGUAAUCGAUCCGGCUGUGGCGGACGGCAUGCGGCAUAUGAACACGCUGACACCAGCUCUGCGAGAACUGAUGACACUCCGCGUCGCAGAAAACACAAGUAAAGAGUUUGUUGAUAGAUUAAAACCAGUUACACCAAUUAACGUUAAUCUCCUGGAAUCCAUGCUAACUAACCACCCAGAUCGCGAAUUUGUUGUUGCCCUGUUCGGGUUUAAGGGCGGGUUUUAA